AUGAUUACAGCUGCUCUGACUGUGAGUCCCAGCAGAUCUCAGUUCUUCAGAGGAGAAUCUGUGUCUCUGAGCUGUGAGGAGAACAGUAGCUCUGCUGGAUGGACUGUAUGGAGGAACACAACCAAAGAUACCAGAACUGGAUGCAAUGAAUGGGGUCAAUCCAAUAACUCUUCAUGUACCUUAAAUCACAUCCUCCAAUUAGACAGUGGAGUUUAUUGGUGUUGGUCCAGAGAGGGAGCAGCCAGCAGCAGCAUCCAGCUCACUGUCACUGGUGGAUCAGUGAUCCUGCAGAGUCCUGUCCUCCCUGUGAUGGAGGGAGAUGACGUCACUCUGAGCUGUCUAACAAAGACCACUCCCUCCAACCUCCCAGCUGCUUUCUAUAAAGAUGGCUCCCUCAUCAGGACUGAGCCCAAAGGUCACAUGACCCUCCACCAUGUGACCAGCUCUGAUCAAGGCCUCUACAGGUGUAACAUCAGUGGUCAUGGAGAGUCUCCAUCCAGCUGGAUCUCUGUUGAAGGAAAACCCAGCAGUACUCCUCCAGCCCCUACCAUCAUUCCUCCUCUGGACCCCCUCUUUCCUUUCUACAAGGUCAUUCUUGUUGCAUGUGUUGGUGUUCUGGUGAUUUUUCUCCUUCUAAUUCUCUCAGUAAGCUGCUCCUUCUGCGGGAAACCUAGAGACGGUGACCCAGCAGAACUUUAUUUAUCAAUGAGAAGAGCACCAGAUGCUACUGAGACACCAGACAGUGAUCCAGCAGCACUUUAUUCAUCAAUACGAAGAACAACAGACAUCAGUAAAGCAACAAACUGUAAAACAGAAAGUGACCCAGAGGCGAUUUAUUCAUCAAUACAAAGAAAAACAACAGACAUUCCUGAAGCACCAAACUGCCUAAAAGAAACAGAUUCAGGUACAGUUUGUCCUUCGAUGAGGAGGCAAAGUGAGGUCACGUAUGGGUCAGUCAGCAUCAGGAAGAACAGCAGGAGAGAACCUUCAUCAGAACCAGAAACACACGUCAUCUACUCUUUACUGAAGGCGACCAUGACACCACCACAGCAGGAGCACCCGCCCAGCUGUUAACUAGACCUCCUCAGAGCCCAGCAGACCUACUAUCUGUCCUGGAUUGGAUCAGAUCAUUUAAAUGUCUCUAACUUGUUGUCUUUUAAUAGUUUUUUCUCCUGUUGAUGCAGAACAUCCCGUCAGAUGUCGUCCAUUCAGGCUUGUCUUUAGUUUGUCUAUUAAUGUGAGCGUCUACUGAACAGCAGACAUCAGAGCAAAAUUAUGGAUUAUGUGGAUUUAUCCUGUUGGAACUUCCUGUUCCGUUGUUCUGUAAUGAAAUAAAUAUAUUUUAAAAUGAUGAAUAAAUGUGUUUUUGCUCUGCAAUAGUUAUAAAUGAUAUGAACUAUACUGAUAACAUGAUUGCAUGAACCUUUUAGAAACAUAGUUGCAUAGUUGCUGUCCUGCUGUGUGUGGGAGGAGCCUGUAGGCUGCAGAUGUUUAUUUCUUUGUCUUUUCAUGCUGUUUACAUGGAUGGAGUUCCAUGCAUCCAUUUUCUUAUUGGCUUUAUUUUUGAAAACUGAGGAGGGACCAAAUAUCUCUGUGUGUUCCAGACUGGAGCUCUGUGCAGAGCUACUGCUGCCACCUGCUGGUUAAAGGAGCAAACUACAGACAAUCGCCCUCAGAUUCCAUCCAUGUUUUAACAUUUCAGUAAAAGAGGCUGUCAGAAGUGUUC